UCAGACUCAAAGAUACUUGAUCAAGAUGGCGGCACCAAGGUCCAGCUCAAACGAGAACUGGGUCUCUUUUCCGCAAUCAACUUCAUCCUGGCCAUCAUGAUAGGAUCUGGGAUAUUCGUAUCUCCUGCAUCGGCCUUGAAAUAUUCCGGAUCCGUAGGAAUGUGCUUAGUUGUUUGGACAGCAUGUGGAAUGAUCUCUUUGUUAGGAGCACUGGCCUACUCAGAAUUGGGCACCCUCGUCCCGCGCUCGGGCUCAGAAUACGCCUACUUCGUAGACUCAUUCGGACCCCUGCACAAAUUUUGGGGGAACUUGCCCGCUUUCGUCUAUUCUUGGAUCAUGAUAGUGGUCAUAAGGCCUGCCGAAAUAGCCGUUCUGGUACUGACUUUUUCGCAGUACCUUUGUCAGCCCAUCUUGGAUGCCUUCUGCUUGGCAGAUGAGGAGUUGAGACAGAAAGUUAUUAAGGCUAUCGCCUUGGUAGCCUUAGGUAUAACCACAUACAUAAACGUGAGCAGUGUAAAAUUGUACGUGAGGAUUCAAAACACUUUUGGUUCCUGCAAAGUAAUUGCAUGUCUGAUAGUCAUAUGUGGAGGACUAUAUCAAAUUUGCCUAGGAAAUACUGAUAAUUUAAAGAGAGGUUUUGAAGGAACUAGUACAUCGCCAAAAGACUAUGCCUUAGCUUUUUAUAGUGGUCUUUGGGCCUUUGAUGGGUGGUCAGCAGUUACCACUAUCACCGAAGAAUUGAAGAAGCCAGAUGUUAACAUCCCACGGAGUAUAUACAUAGCAGUCCCCAUGGUGACUGUUCUCUACGUCUUCAUGAACAUGUCAUAUAUGACAGUUCUUACCCCCACCGAGAUGAUCAAUGCCCAGGCAGUGGCAGUGACUUUCGGGGAGAGAAUACUAGGAAAAUUUGCCAUCAUCAUCCCACUGGGUGUUGCCCUCAGUACUUUUGGAUGUGCUCUCAGCCUUCAAUUUGGAGUCACAAGGUUAUGUUAUGUUUCUGGGCAAGACGGAUUCAUGUUAGAAAGUUUAUCAUAUGUUCAUUACAAAAAGCUCACCCCCAGUCCGGCUGUAAUUCUACAAGGGAUUAUAUCUUUCUUAUUCAUUGCCACUGGAAAUAUUCUUGAGCUGAUUGAAUUCGCAAGUUUUUUGAUAUGGCUGUUUUAUGGUAUAGCGAUGAUUUCACUACUAGUUAUGAGAAAAACAAUGAAAGAAACUCAUCGCCCAUACAAGGUUCCUAUAUUCAUCCCAGUAUUUAUAUUUAUGGUUGCCCUGUAUCUCAGUGUGAUCCCAAUAAUUUUAGAUCCUACACCUAAGUAUUUGAUGGCACUUGGUUUUAUGCUGAUAGGAGUGUUCAUUUAUUAUUGGUUCAUAUACAAGGACAAGAGACCUAAAGCUAUGAUGAGAUCGAUAACGCAUUAUGUUCAACUAUUAUGUAAUGUCGUGCCGCCAGAAUCUGAAUAA